AGGGCAAGCGGUGCUAAAAAAAAAAAAAAAGAAAAGAAAAGAAAAGAAAAAAGAAUUGAAAAAUCAAUAAGAAAAGGAGCCAAGUGGUGAAAAAAAUAGUAGGACCCAGUCUGUCGGGCAAGGUUAGUACCAUCCAUAGUGGUUACGCUCCAAUCCAUGUAGGGCCGACGACGGACGGCACCGAGCCAGUUCAGAGCAAAUCAGACCCGUAACUUCAACCCAUAGACACAUGCCUCUGACUAAUGCAACUGUUGAAGAAGGUAAUUCUGAGAUGACAGCUGAUGCCAAUUGCAAACAUGACUCUAACUGGGCAUAGUUACCCGCUUUUGAUGGGACCGUUGGAGCCAAGGACAAGGGACCUUGCAAACCCCCGCCAUUCUUAGUAGAUGGUGCAGCCUUCGCAAGCGCACGUCCUCCUGUUGCAGGGGUUUUCAGCUGAACUGUGGACGGAUACUAAUAUAGCAUGGGCAUUGCUUUUCUUGCUUUUCCUGUUUCGAGUCGUAGGGCCGAGUAGAGCAUGGGGCGGUAAGGCCACCGACCGAAUCAAAACCGAAGAUUGGCAACCGGGCAACGUGUGAAUCCUCCUUCAUAGUCUAACGGAGAUGGGUUCCAUGUAUGAGAGGACGGAGGAAACCGGUGGAUUAACACAAGGCUGACUUGGUAGUGGGGAGAAAGCAGCUGGACCGUUGCCCGUGAGGCCUAUCAUCUUUCCCCGGCGGGUCACUGGACCAGAGCAUGGCCUGAGUCAAG